GAGUCAUUCACGUGUAUUGAUAAUUGAUAAAGAAUAUUCUGCUCGACGACGACGACGAGACGGGUAAAUGAUAAAAGAAUUUGUAGACGUGUCGUUUUUCAUCUACAACAACUACUUUUCUUCUUAACCAUCAACGACCAUUGAUCUUGACUUGAGUUAAAAAUUCCGAAUUUCACGGCCUCGAUUAUUGUAAAAGCGGAAAAUGAAGUUAAACGAAUACAUCGUAUUUUUGAGCACCAGUAUGUGGGCGGGUGCAUUUCUUCAGCUAGUCGAAGCGGGGGAACAGUCGGCGGGGAAACCUGCGGGAGGCAGUGGUGGUUCACGGGAUGAUUCAGAAGACCCAGACCUUGCCAAGUAUCGUGAGCUGUUCAUUGAGAGACGAAGCCAGCACAUGCCUGCUCUUCAGAGUCUGUUUGAAUCCUAUGAUUAUGAGAAGCAACAUAAGAUGGUUAUCAUGCUGUUAGAAAAGAUGGAAGAGAUGCUCGUUCAGUCAAGACUGUUUUUGAAUGAACAACAGUUUCAAAUUGGAGACAAAUUUCCUACAGAUCAAACUAUGAAAGACACAAUGUCUCUGAUCCUGGAAAAUGUAGCUUUUGUUUGCGACAUCGUACUGAGGUUACCAGAUAUCACAAACAAGAUACUCAGAAAGAAAAAAGAAUGGAACUCUAUUCUCAAGUGGGCUUUUGAGUUUGCUCAGAGUACUGGUUACUAUGACAACUCCCACCAAACACUGCUUCAUCUGGCAUCACAACAACUGAAUUUUAUUAAGAGGGAUGAGAAUUUUGUAAACCCAUACAGCAAAUUAAACCAACAGGAUAUGUUUGAUAUGCCAUCAAAACCUAAGAAGAAGGAGAAGAAACAGAAGAAGAGAGGUCCUAGGAUUAGUAAGAGUGAAUUAUAAUGAAGUAUGACAUUUCUCUGUUUAUUAAUCAUUUUCAUAAUUGGUUCAUUUUCUAGAAUGUGUUUUAUUGUGAUGGAUAUAAUCAGCUUUCCAUACAUUAAGUCAUAAUGAGUUUAAACUUUCAAAUAUAAGAGAACAAAUAUAAUUAUAAAAGAAAAACAGAUCGAGAAUUUAUAUGGAGCAGGUCAGUGGAGCUAGAAAGAAUGUUUGAAAUGUGAGAAUACUAAAUCACUGUAUCUUGAAUUGGCAAUAUGCUCAGUGGAUCGUGAUAUAAUCAAAGGAAAGUCCCAGUGUGUCACGUGUGAGGAUGACCACCUAUCUACAAAGACCACAGGAACGGUUCCUCUUUGAAUAGCAUUCCCCAUGGAAGCAUCUGUUACAGGAAUCUGUCUAUAAAGUCAACCUGCUCUCAAAGUUUUUUUAUUGAUUGGCAUCACUGUAUUAACAUUUACUCUAUCACUUUGGUACACUGAUCAGUAUAUCAUUAUUCUUCCUCUUCAGUCAUGUUCCAGUGUUAUGUGAAUAUCACAACUCGAUCAGAUUUUAUGUGUUAACAUAUAAUAAUGUUGUGCAAUGUUGCCUGUAUGGACAUAAUCAACAUUUCCUACAGGAAUGUACACUACUAUAUGAUGGUGACUAUAAUACUUAUGGUGUAAACAUUGAAAAACUGUUUUUUUCUUGAGGUCUGUAUCUGGAAAGAUGGUCACAGGCCUGGAUGGUCAUAUUUAAGAAUAAUUAUCUUUUGUAAAUCACAAAGUUUGUCAAAGUCAUUUUUUUUUCAAAAGAACUUAAGUUCACUACAAUUGCAGUAUUCUCCAUUCUAAGAUACCUUCUGUACUCCAUUCUAAUAUUGAGUUUGGUGUUUAAUGGAGUAUGAUACUAUAUACUUUAGGUUGCAGUGACCAUCUAGUGUAUGUUGAUUCAUUCUACAUGCCCAGGGGGCGCUUUAUAAAGCUGUUUGUAAGUUAAGAGCGACUUUAAGAAUGGCUGGUGAUCCUUUCUUGUGGUAAA